GAAGAAAAUAUGUCUUCAUAUUUCCUAGGCUCCGGCCUCCGAGCAUGUGUUUUUUUUUUUAAAAAUUUUCCGAGCAUCAUGUUAAAUUCUCAAAAAUGAUGCAAUUGCAUCGACUCCAUUACCCGAGAAUUGGCCUGAAAAUGGCACCCUUCACCAGAUUAGCUUCAAGGGCUCAUGCCACUAAACCUAACCCAAACUCAUAUCAGGAAACUCAGGCGUUUGUUAGGAGAAAGAGGGUUAAAAAGGAAGCAGUUAAGGAGCAUCAUGUUUUAUCAAGAAAUGGCCAUAUAUCAUCUGGCAUACCUGAUAUAGAAGAUUUUUCAUACCAGAAGCCAAAUGUGUUGUCUGCAAAUGGGAAUUUGGAGCUCCUCUAUCCUGUACAUGCUGUGGCUGCUAGAGUUGCUUCUCCCAUUAAACAUGGAGCUUCGGCAGGACCCCCAGACAACUGGGAGAAGGUUCUUGAAGGGAUCCGUGUCAUGAGAUCGUCUGAAUGUGCACCAGUAGAUACAAUGGGAUGCGAGAAGGCUGGAAGUUCUCUUCCACCUAAGGAGAAAAGAUUUGCUGUUCUUGUUAGUGCACUCUUAUCAAGCCAAACCAAGGAUCAAGUUACUCAUGGAGCAAUUCAACGUCUCUUGCAAAACGGACUGCUUGAACCUCAUACAAUUGACAAAGCUGAUGAAGAGACCAUCAAGACCUUGAUUUACCCAGUGGGGUUCUAUACCAGGAAAGCCAUUAACUUGAAAAAAAUUGCAAAAAUAUGUAUUGUGAAGUAUGGUGGCGAUAUUCCUAGCACACUGGAUGAACUACUAAAACUUCCUGGAAUUGGUCCUAAGAUGGCUCAUUUGGCUAUGAAUGUUGCUUGGAACAAUGUCCAAGGAAUAUGUGUCGAUACUCAUGUUCAUCGUAUUUGCAAUAGGCUGGGAUGGGUUUCAAAAGCCGGAACUAACCAGAAAACUUCAUCUCCAGAGGAAACUAGAGUGGCUUUGGAGAAGUGGCUACCAAAGGAGGAGUGGGAUCCAAUAAAUCCACUUUUGGUUGGGUUUGGACAGACAAUAUGUACACCACUGAGACCUCACUGUGAGAAUUGCAAGGUGAAUAACCUCUGCCCUUUUGCUUUUAAGGAGACAUCCAGUCCAUCAUCAUCCAAAUCAAGGAAGCCUCUUUCACAUUACAACUAGUACGUAUUGUUACCGUUUUUUUUUGUUGCUGAAACAUCGAAAGCCUUGGAGUUCAACUGGAUUGUAUAGUCUAGGUCUCCUCUGGCAGCCAUCCGAGAAUUGAUAUUUUGAGAACUGCAAAGCAUUCUCAGUCUGUCCAGUUUUGUAAAAACAAGUGUGUAAUAUAGGUGAAGCCCCUUUAUGCAUCUUUCUUGUUUUGUGUGGGUGAUGCUAUGGAGACCAGU